CAUAAUUUUUUUUCUUCUUCACAACGACAAACGUCAUAAGAAUUUGGGCCGGUUUUAGAGAUAAACGCAAAAUAUUUCCAUUGGAAAUUGUGAAAUUUGGAAUUUUUCACAGGAUAUUAUUGAACCAAAACACGCACGAAGUGUGUGGCAUAACAUAAAACCACAAAAGACUUGAGCAAGCGGCAGUAAAAAUGCAAAAAUUAGCAGUUCGCAAUUGGGCGUUUUUGGCCAUAAUUCUUGGCUUUGUUGUUGUUGGCAUAGCUGAACAGCAGACAAUACAAAAAUCUUCGAAAUCAUUAAUUGAUUUAAAUGAAGACAAUUGGUCGUUGAUGUUAAAGGGCGAAUGGAUGGUGGAAUUUUUUGCCCCAUGGUGCCCAGCAUGCAAGAAUUUGGCCCCCACUUGGGAAAGAUUUGCAACGACAGCGGCCGAUAUUAAUGUGAAUGUUGCAAAAAUUGAUGUAACCACGUCGCCUUCUCUUAGUGGUCGAUUUUUUGUCACCGCCUUGCCAACCAUUUAUCACGUUAAAGAUGGUGAAUUCCGCCAGUACCGUGGCUCACGUGACGGCGAUGCUCUGAUGUUCUUUGUCAAACAAAAACAAUGGACCAAAUUGGAACCCAUAUCGGCCUGGAAGAAACCUGAUACUGUACAUAUGUCAGUGUUGUCAUAUUUCUUUAAAUUGUCACAUACUUUGAAGCUUGUCCAACAUUCAUUUAAGGAUUUCAAUGCCCGCCUCCAAGAAGAAUAUGGUCUACCCACCUGGGGUUCAUAUGCUCUCUUUGCCAUCGGCACAAUCUUUGUGGGAGCCGCCUUGGGCCUAAUGUUGGUCUGCGUUGUCGAUUUUCUCUAUCCACCCAAGAAACAUCAACGUCAAAGUUUCUCCGAAUCCAAGGAAAAUGGUCAAAAUGGCAUUGAAGAUAUAGCCAAUGAUGAAAUUGAAGAUGAUGCACCAAGAAAUGAAGACGACGAAGAAGAGGAGGAGGAUGAUGAAGAGGAAGAAGAAGAAGCCGCAGGCAAUGAUGAAGAUGACAACGAAGAGGAAGAGAAUGAGGAUGCCUCAACAGAAGAUGAUAAACAAAGUGAAUCCGAGGAACCGGAGAGUGAGAAAAAACAACCAGCCUCCCACAAGCAGGAAGAAAAAAAGGAAAACGAUACAAAACCUAGUCCCACAGAAGUGCGCAAGCGUAAGCCACGCAAGGCAGAUUAAGAAUUCACAACUCGUUUUUU